AUGACCAGUCGAAAAGUGAUGAAAACUGCCUUUGAGCGGUGCCUUAAGGCUGUGAAUCCCCGGGAAGCUGUUGAGAAGGCCAUCACCAUUACCCCUACACAUCUCAAUUUUCUCAACCAAUCCUCCGUUUUAAAAUUGUCGGAGCUCUCCAAGAUUAUUAUAAUUUCCUUUGGAAAAGCGUCAAUUCAAAUGGCAAUUGGAGCUCAGGAUGUGCUUCAGAAUAUUGAGAAGGUUCAGAAGAAGACAUUUGUGCAAGCACCGGAGCAGCAAAAGACGUCGGCUCUUUUGGAGACAUUAAAUUUUUCUGAAAUUUUCUUUGGUGCUAAGAACAACCUGCCCGAUCAAAAUUCUGUCAUUGGAACCAAAACUUUGAUUCGGAAAAUUCAAGAAGAGGACUCCGAAUCCACCCUUUUCCUAUUUCUAAUUUCUGGAGGAGGAUCUGCUCUUCUAGCGGCUCCCAGAGACUCAGUAACAUUAGAAGACAAACUGAAGACCAUCAAAACUAUGCAAGCUCACGGAGCAACAAUUCAGGAAUUGAACAUAGUUAGACAGAAGCUAUCAGAUGUGAAAGGAGGGAAGUUGUUGAGAAAUAUCCAAAAAGGCUUAUCCCUUUCUCUUAUCAUUUCUGAUGUGAUUGGAAAUCCAAUUGAGUUGAUUGCAAGUGGACCAACAGUCAUUCCAACUUUAAAAACGAAUAUUUUGGAAAUUCUGAAUAAUCUAAAUAUCCAGGGAACAGACUUACCAGAAUCAGUGAGAAAAAUUAUCAAGAAAACGGAAGACUCAAUUCAACCUCCGAAAUAUGUCCAGAACCAUAUAAUCUCUUCCAACGAUUUCGCCCUUCGUGCCGCUUCUGAAUCCCUCACGUCUUCUGGAUUCAACACAACUAUUGUUACUUCUUCUUUAUCUGGAAACGCCGCAGAAAUUGGGAGACAUUUUGCAGAUUUAAUCACUGGGAAAACAAGAGAUAAUCCACUGCUAGGAUCUAGUCAGACAAGAGAUCUUAAAUAUCCAAUUGCUCUUCUUUUUGGUGGUGAAACGACCGUACACUUGGCAAAGAAUCCAGGAAAAGGAGGAAGGAACCAGGAGAUGGUUUUGGCAUGUUUGGACUCUUUGAAAUCUCAAGAUCCGAAAUUCCAAUUCACUUUCCUAAGUGCCGGAACCGAUGGACAGGAUGGUCCAACUGAUGCAGCAGGUGCAAUAAUCUCCAAUGAGGAUCUUCUGAAUCCCAUGACAUCUUUUUCUUCUGAAUACUUGUCUCGGUCGGAUUCCUAUAGUUUCUGGAGUAAGUUCAACGAAGGAGCGAACCAUUUGAAGACGGGACCUAGUGGAACUAAUGUGAUGGAUAUUCAGAUUCUGUUGUUGAAUGAGAAAAAAUAA